AUGGAAGAAAACUUGUCUGACUACGCAGCCUCAUCAGAACUUAAACGGUCAAUUUUUAGUCAAAAUUUGAGUCCAACCCCUCUUAAAGGCUCCUUGGUAGAAUUUCAAGAUAUGACUUCUAUAUCAAGCAUGAUGAGCUCUCCAUUUAGAAAAGCUGACCCAAAUAAUCAAACGCCGUUUGGCAGGUCUAUCCUAAGAGAAAGCGCAGACACCAAUACAAGCACAAUGCGUUCAUUCGGUCGCAGACGUAGCUCUCCAAGAAAAUCUCAAACUUCUUUAUUUUUAGCUGCAAAAGCUCGAGAUCUUGAGAACGCACGACUGCAAAAUCGUUUGCAAGAAAAGCUGAAAUCUAUUGAAAAUGAGUUUAAAUCAAGAAAAUCCGACACAAAUGUUAUUACAAGUAAUGAUGAUCCACUCCCAUCACGGCAUACACACUCGGUCUCAUUAUCACAGUUGCCAUUCAGUGCAAGUCUUGGAGAAUCAAAAGAGGCAAUAUUUAUUGAUGAUGCUGAGGAGGAGUUUGAAUUGAAAAAUGAUGUCCCUAAGCUUGUUUGGUGUGCUUAUUGCAAAUCAGAGGUUACGACUGAAUUAAUUUAUAUCAAUUCUUCAAAGACCUUUUGGUCAGCAGUUGGAAUUUUCUUUAUGGGAGGAGUGUUUGGGUGCUUUCUGCUGCCUUAUAUGACAAAUGAGUGUAAAGCUCCUAGGAUUAGAUGCCAUAAAUGUUCUAGACCACUAAAUUGUACGAACAGAACUAAUUAA